CCGUCUCCAGCCUAGAAGCUGGGCAGCACAUUGGCACCCUCGACCUUUCUUCUAAUCUGAUCGCGCCGCUUUCGGCGGCCGAUUCCCUCAAGCCCCAGCUUCCUCCACGGAUCCCUCAAGCCCCAGCUUCCUCCACGUUCCGUGUUUUGACCCGUUACGACAGCUCCAGCGACCGACAGUGAAGCUGCGAACUGUAGCCAAUGAGGCAUCGGUGUGGGCGGGCCCGGGAUGAGAGCGCACCCCUGAUUGGUCAGCGGUACUUGGCAAAUGGCGGAGGCGCUGAGGCGGGUGCUGGAUGCGGGCAGCGCGGCGAGGCCCGAGGGGGUUGGAGCUAGCGGGCCACCGUUGCUGCUGCUCGGCGCUCCGCGUUCCGCGCAGACGUCGCUGCUGUUUGCAGCCGCCCUCGAGGCGGCAGGGGAAGGCCGCGGGCCUGUCCUCUUCCUGACACGAAGGCCACUUCAGAGCCUGCCGCUCAAUACACCCGCAGCGCGGGAACCCUGGCGGCUCCAGAAGGUUCGAUUCCAGUACCCAUCCUCAGUUCCAGAGCUUCUCCAGCUGCUAGCCUCUGCCCAUGAGGCCCCAGGGCCUGCCCCGUCCCUUCUUCUGCUGGAUGGCCUGGAAGACUAUCUAGCAGAAGAUUCAGGGGCCCAGGAAGCCGCCUACUUGGCUGCAUUGCUUCUGGAUACUGUUGCCUACUUUAGCCACCAUCUUGGAGCCAGUGGCAGCUGCGGGCUUGUGGUGGCCCUUGAGACCCAAAAAGAAGCAGACGGUGAUGUCCCACAUCUGACAUUGCUUCAGCGGUAUUUUCCUGCACAGUGCUGGCUGCAGCCAGAUGCCCUAGGCUUGGGACAGCAGUACUGCCUUCGAGCCAGCCUGGCGUCGGGCCCGCUGAGCCCCAGGAUGGAGUGGUCAGUGACUUUCUUACCCAGUGGAGAGAUGAAGAUCACCCCAUGGCCUACCCAGGCUUCUAAGCCCUGCUCAGAUAGAAAAGGUUCAAGUGCUAGAAACCAGUCAUUAACUUUGGCAUGUGACAACCUCUCUGGUCCUCAGUGUCCCUUGGAUAGAACACUGACUUCGGGGACAGUUGCAGAGUCAAAGACCUGAACAGUGUAGGUUUUCUUUUAAAGACUAGCACUGUUGAGAGCUGGUGAGAUGGCUCAGUGGGGAAGGGACCUUGCCAACCUGCAUGAUGCCUGACUUUGAUUCCUGGGACCCACAUGGUUGGAGUCUAGAGCUGACUCCUGCAGGUUGUCUUCUGACCUCCACUUUUGGGUGGUGACACACACGCGCCCUCCACACUAAUAAUAAUAAAUAAAUAAUAAACCCUUCUAAAUAAAUAAAUAUAGUCAGCUGGAGCUUCCUUUGCCCACUGGCUGUCAUUGAUGAGAUUCAGCCACGUUUCCUAGUUCAUUCCUUUACCUCUUGCAUUCUCUUCCCAGACAGGACCUUGUGUAGCUCAGGCUAGGCUCAGACUAAAUAAAUACUUAGCAGAGGCUAUCCUUGAACUUCUGAUCCUCUAGCCCCAUCUCUUGAGGGCAGGGCCUCUGGCGUGUGCUCCUAUACUUGACUCCUCUUGCCUACUCCAUGGGUGCCUGUAUCCAUUACCUCUGUGUCUCUGCUUACAUACUGUUGGGAUUAAACAUACACAUGCCCUUGCACAUGUGUGUAGGGUGUACGGCUGGGAGUGGACUCACUCCACAUAGAGUAUAGGACAUACAUUUUUUUAAAAUAUUUAUUUAGUAUACAAUAUUCUGUCUGCUUAUAUGCCUGCAGGCCACAAGAGGGCGCCAGACCUCAUUACAGAUGGUUAUGAGCCACCAUGUGGUUGCUGGGAAUUGAACUCAGGACCUUUGGAAGAGCAGGCAAUGCUCUUAACCAUUGAGCCAUCUCUCCAGCCCAGGACAUACAUUUUUAAUGCAUUAAACUGAUUUUGAGCAUGGUUAUAUGCAAAAUGGUAGGCCCAGCUUUGGGACGUAGGUGUAGGAGGUCACUGUGUAAGGUUGUCCUAAGCCACUCUGGCAUACACUAGACCCUGUCUCAGAAGAACCCAAAUGGGCCAGGCUGUUAAUCCUAGUGUGUUUAAGGCCAGCCUGGUUUCAAUGGACUGUUCAGACCACCCAGGGCUACAUAGUGAGACCCUGUCUCAAAGGCAAAACAAAAAAACUAGGGAGCUGGAGAGAGGGCUCGGUGGUUAAGAAUUCUCCCACAGGAUGUGGGUUUAGUUCCCAGCAUUCCUAUCAGACACAACAUUUGCAACUACAGCUCCAGGGGAUCUGAUGCCCUCUUCUGGUCUCCUUGGACAUUGGGCAAGAAGUGGUGAACAUACAUACAUAUAAGCAGAACGCUCAUACACAUGAAAUUAAAGGAUGUAGGGCCCGGGUCUACCCUUGUUCCUGGGGUGCAUCUUGAAGACAGUUUUUGGUCAGCUAACUAAAGCAUUCUGUUUGUUUCUGUGCUCCCCCUGUCUCACCUGGUGAUUAGCUGUAGUGCAUUGUUGACUUCAUCUUUGGCAUGGUAAUUUUCCAUCUGCCUGGGCAGAAAUCCUUGUGCAGCAGCUAGGUAUAUAAAGAUUUUCCCAAGGUUGAAUAAAGGGCAUUCGGCUGAUCUCCUUUCGAAUG